AUGUUAUUAGGUUGGAUAGAUGAAUUGGGACUUAUUCAAUCAGACCCAACAAAGAAUAUCCUCAAAACAUUUCCUUUGGAUGUUAAACGAGUAGUUAUUUCAUCUAUUGUUGAUUAUUUUAAUAAUCAAAAUAAUACUGCAAAGAAUGGACUUAGUACCACUGCCCAUGUUGAAUGGGUUAUGGAAGUUGUGGGACAUGCUUUCCAAUUACCAAUUGCCGAUCAUCAAACUAUAGAUAGAGCUAUCAAUGUUUAUAACAAGUGGCUUUUCGAAGAAAAUCAAAGACCAAUUCCUCUCCAAGAAAAUUUGCAAUACUUUGUCCAACAAAUAUUUAAUCACUUCUCUUUACUUUUUGAAGAGAGAGGACCGGAAUCUGGAGCUACAGGAGGUCAAGAAGAAAGAAAACACCACAUUCAUCUUUGCAAUAGAGUUUUAGACAUUUUCCUUCAAAUGGGUCUUAAGGGUGACAUGUUAGAGGAAGUAACUUGGAAUCACAUUUUAAAGAUUAUUCUUGGUAUUACAGAUUCUACAUUGAGAGGUAAGAGGGGAUUGCCUGAAUUAUCCUACGGUCUGUUGAAGGUUCUUUUUGAGUUAUGGUUGUGUUCUUUGUCAGAUGACAAGGUCAUGUGGCGUCACUUACAAGAACAUGGUAUUUUAUGGUCUAAAAACAAUGCCACUAUUAAUCAGUGGAAUAGUGUUUGUAUUGGGUUGACUAGUCGUGUAAUUAACUUGUUAUAUGGUCCAAGUGAAGGUACAAGUGUUGUCAGAAUUCAAUGGGAAGGUCUUAAUGCAAAGAAUAAUCCUAAUCCUAAUGUUGGAAAUUCUACAACAGAGCUAGAUUUACCUGAUGAAUAUGUUUAUUAUGCUUGGAAUCAGUUCCUGCACAUUAUUGGUAAUCCUAAUAAGCUUGUGGAUCCAGAAAUCCAUCUCAAGGCAUUCCAAGGCAUUGAAGUUAUUACACACAGUUUAGCCUAUGUUGGUACUGAUCCACCAAUCAAGCAGUUGAAAGAACAGAAAGUUGAUUUCCGUAUUCCAUAUGCACCUGAUGCCAAUUCUAUUCUUGACAUUUUCGGCCCAUGGUAUUUUGAAGCUGUAUUUAGAGAAAAUGCUAGUAAUUUUAAUCAAGGACGUGCUGUAGCCUAUAGUGCUCUGUGUAAAAUAUUUUGUAGAAAGGGUGGUAGUCCAAUUCAUACCAGAUAUCUUUCACUUUUCUACAAGGCUCUAUGUCAAGGUUUAGAAGAUGAAGAUCCAAUCGUUGUCAUUGCCAUCUUAUUGGGAAGUAAGAAGAUUUUCUGUUACGAGGAAUUGGUUGGUUCUCACAUUCUUAUAAGAUACUACACCAAAGUUUGUGAUAAGAUUUUGGGUGGAACUGGUAAUUCUGUAAAAGAUAGCAGUCAAAACUCCAAGUAUAAUAUUGAAGUUAGACAGGCUUGUAUAACAAUAAUUGGAAGCUUGAUCUGUUUCCCAAAUCACUUCUCUUCUCCAAAUAUUCAAAAAACAACCUCCGAUCAAGAAAUUAUCAAUCAAUCUACUGUUUAUCAAGAGCUUAAAUUCCAAAUUCAAACAAUUUUACAAAAAGCACUCAAAUCAGAAAGAAAUCCAAAGAAUCUCCAAUACGUAAUUUGGGCAAUUGUUGUUUUAAUAUAUGAAGAGAUUGACCACAAUGCAGAAAUUGCAAUUGUCUUUAUAAGAAAUAUGUUAGAUAUUGUGAAAACCUAUGCUCCAAAACCAUUGAAAGAAUAUCCACCAGAAGUAUUUAUCGCAAUUUAUGAAGCUUUGAGCUCCUUGACAAAUUUAUAUCCAAAACUUGCUGAAGCCGAACCUAUGAUUUCACGUGAAAUUGUUUUCCAACUCAGUACAAUAAUUCCAAUGCAAGUUGCCCUCCUCAAACAAAAUCAAACGAGUGCUAAACUUAUUGAAGAAACAUUCUACAGCAUGGCUGAUUGGGUUAUGUGUGGACCUUCUGUAAUUAUUUCUAAUAAGGAAAGUAUUACCAAGGUAAUAUUUGCCAUCGAUCAAGGUUUAAAUAUUGUUAAACAUGUUGGUGUACCAGGUGGUGUUAGUGCAGGUGUUGAAAGUCCAACAGCAACAGUCAAUCCAAGAGCUUCUACCACUGGUCAAGCCAUUACAAGCAGUAGUACAAGCUUUUCUAAAGAUGAUAUUGAAAAUAUCAAAAUUUCUGCUGAGUUUGUUGUAUCCCACUUGAUGAAUCAUGUCUCCCAUUUCCCAAUAACCAAUAAUAAUGCUGCUCUUACAGCCACACUCUCAGAAGAAUCACAAUGUCUUGACGAUUUAGAACCUGAAAAUUCUAAUUAUGUCAGAUUCUACAUUUAUGACAACCAAUUUAUUAUCAGUUUAAUUGAACAACCUAACGAAAAGGGUGGCCCAGGUGUGACCAUGAUUAUGAGAGAUUUAACUGGUAAAUAUUCUUGGGAUUCUCGUGUAUUGUACGGCGAAGUUCCUAAGCCAUACAGUGAAUUAGAAGAACGUGGAUGUUACACUGGUAGUAAUAUUGAAAAUUUGUUAGGCAAAACUCAAGAAGCUGAAACAAACUCAACUUUAAUGCAAUACAGUAUUGAAAGACCUCUUAAGGAUAGAGAUACUGUUUCAUUAUUCUCUGAUCUUAUAGAAGAAGAAGAGGAUAAUGAAAAUUUAUUCCUGCAAACAAUUGAUAACGAAUAUACAGUACUUGAUGUUUCCUGUAGAGAACCAAACUUGAGAUACAAAUAUGGUGGAGAUUGUAAAGCAAGCAUGUCUAGAUUAUUACUUUCAACAAUGGGGUUGGUACAUAUUGCACUCACAAGUAGAUUUGUUCCUCUUCAAAGCAAUAGCAAGUUACUUAGAAGUUUGCGUAACUUGGAUGGUACUCAACCUCGUGAAACUCACAAAGUUGGUGUUGUUUAUGUUAAGGAAGGACAAGAUGAUCAACAGGAUCUUUUCUUGAAUGCCGAAGGAAGUGAACAAUAUACAAGCUUUGUUAAAUCUCUUGGUUGGAAUGUACCUCUCCAAGAACAUUUAGGCUUUAUGGGAGGUUUAGAUAAGAAUGGUUCAACUGGUACCAAUGCUCCUUAUUAUGCCGAUUAUAGAACUGAACUAAUGUUCCACGUUCCAACAAUGAUGCCUAAUAAUUCUAAAGAUCCUCAACAAAUUCACAAAAAGAGACAUGUUGGCAAUGAUCAUGUUAACAUUAUAUGGUCUGAACAUACUCGUGAUUAUUACAGAAAUACUAUUAUUUCACAAUUUAACUUUGUUCACAUUGUGUUAUAUCCUUUGAAUAGAAAUCACAAGGGCUUGUUGAGAGUUGAUGUCAUGGUCAAAGAAAGAACAUAUCCUGUAUUUGGACCUGUUCUUGAUGGUAUGAUUUUAAGUGAAAAAGUAGCUGGAGCUCUAAUCAGAAUGACUGCAUUGAAUGGUUCUAGAAUCAGUAGAUCCAAGUCAACUGGUAUCAUGCGACCAUAUUUGCAACGUAAAAGUCUUAUUGCUGAAUUGGCUCAACGUUACAAGGCAACAGUUGAAACUGAUAAAUAUUAUUGCUCUUUGUUUGUCAGUAAAGAAACAAGCAACGUAAUACUUGACCCACCUUCACAAAAGAAGAAUAUUAAAUAAAUUAAAUAUU